CCAACCAACGGAUAUCAGUUUGCGGGCGUUUGUGAUACUGUUGAGUUCAGUGUUGAGACUCUGUGUCGCAAAAUUCAUUUAUACCCAGAAUAAAUUGGGCUCGGAAGCGGGAAUUCCAUUUGAGUCUUGCAAUCACAAUUCUCAGUCACUCUGCGACCGUCGUCUGGUUUAAAUCGUGCAUCACUUCUUAAGAAGAUAUCUUCUUUUAUUUUCUGUUCAAUAAAGAAAUCCUCCACGAGGUCUCUUCAUUGAAAAAAUUGAAGAGCCACUUGAGAUUGUUACACUAUUGACAUUUAAAAUUGCAGUGUGGUUCAUGUCAUAUAUAAAAAAAAAUUCUGCGUACUUCGACAAGUGAGAUAAACAAAUAAAAAUAAAGUUGAUAAAGUUACUAAAAUAAGUGGCAGUGCCGCAAGUGAGGUGACAUUUAAAAUUAUAAUAAUAAGAAAAAUCCCCAUGAUAGUAUUAAUAUCGUGGCAGAAUAAUAUUGGAUGCAAAAGAGCCAAUCGAUAUUGGCAUUGGUGUUAAUUGAAUUUGAAAGUGUGCAAUCUGUUAAUUAACUGAAAAUUACAAUCUUGGGUGUCUCUAUAAUCCAGCUGGUGAGCAUAUUAAAAAAAAAUAUAUUGGGAUCAUUCGUGUCAAGUUCAGCCACCCAAUUUAGUCGUCAUGUGGGUGAAACCGGUGCACUUUUGACGAUCACCAUCUCCAAAGAGACUCACCUGGCCAGAAAUCUCCGUGCUCAUUCAUCUUCCCAAGAGAUCAAGAGGGAUAUUCUUUUGGACUAACAGCAUAACGGUGGCAUUAGCACAAUGAUGGACUCCAGUUCUACUACGUCAACAACGACCACAGAACCUCCUAAUUUAGUCCAAAAGCGGUUAGAAUGUAUGGAACAACUUAAUUCAUCUAGUACAUCAAUGAAAGGGACCUAUUGUCCAGGAACAUUUGAUGGAUGGCUGUGCUGGCCAAAUACCGAAGCUGGAACAAAGGCAUUUGCAAAGUGCCCAGACUUUGUCACAGGAUUUGAUCCAACACGCUAUGCCCACAAGGAAUGUGAUUUGGAUGGAGUUUGGUUUAAGCAUCCCUUAACAAAUAAGACGUGGUCCAACUACACAACGUGCGUUAAUUAUGAUGACUUUGAAUGGAGGCAGCAAGUCAAUUUAAUAUACGAAACGGGAUAUUCGAUAUCCCUGAUUGCCAUCCUACUAUCUUUAGUGAUUUUAGGCUAUUUUAGGUCCCUCAAGUGUUCCAGAAUUACAUUACAUAUGAAUCUGUUUUCAUCAUUUGCCGCCAACAAUUCCCUCUGGUUGCUCUGGUAUCGAGUUGUGCUGGGAUCACCAGAAGUUCUUGAGCAGAGUGAAGCUGGUUGCGUUGUGCUCCACCUGGUGCUCCACUACUUUCUCCUCACAAAUUAUGCCUGGAUGCUGUGCGAGGGCUUCUAUUUACACACCGUCCUCGUUGCUGCGUUCGUGUCUGAAAAGAAGCUGGUAAAGUGGUUAAUUUGGCUGGGAUGGGGUGCUCCUGCCAUUGUAAUAGUGCAGUAUGGACUUUUAAGAGGAUUUCAUGGAAACGAAAUAGAUACAAUGCAGUGCUGGGCGAAUGAGACUUUCUACAACUACAUACUUGUUGCACCUGUUGUCAUAUCUAUGCUACUUAAUCUCUUGUUCCUGUGCAACAUUGUAAGGGUGCUGUUGCUCAAGUUAAAAGCUCCGGCUGGUCUACAAGGCGGUGGUCCAUCUAGAACUGUCUUACAAGCUUUUAGAGCCACUCUGCUUCUCGUUCCACUUCUUGGACUGCAGUAUAUCUUAACACCCUUCCGACCGGAGCCAGGACAUCCUUGGGAGCGCGUUUAUGAGACCGUAUCAGCUUUUACAGCUUCAUUUCAGGGCUUAUGUGUUGCCUCUCUGUUUUGUUUCUUCAAUGGUGAGGUAAUGGCUCAGGUUAAGCGGAAGUGGAGGACUCUCUUUUUUCGGCCACGAGCUAAUUCCUACACGGCAACUCAAGUUUCGUUUGUGCGAUGUGCUCCACAAGUUCCUGGUGAGGAGAAGGUCUGACUAACCGAGUUGAAUAAGAGCGCAGGUAACGGCAGCUCCGUGGAUGAUGAUAAUCACAAUGAGCGUCUUGAACUGAUGACCAGACCCCAGGAAGUUCCUCUUCAUGAAGAUGCCAAAGAAUCGCUGAUUCAUCAAGAGACCACGGCUGAGAAUAUGCAUCCCUCCACGAGUGCCACAUCCAAUGGGAGCAGUCACAAAGUUACAUUUAUCAACAACACUAAUCCAUUGCCAGCCUCGUCCAAGGAUGACAACGUCUAGGAAGCACCAAACCUACAUCAACCUACAUCAUCCAUCGAAGAGGAAUUACAUAAAGCUUGCGGCUCUAAACAGAGACACUUAACUAGUGGGGACAAGUCUUAGGAAAAUAUAAAUCUCCAAAGUGCCAUAGAUUAGAAUGGGAUUGUAAAUUUAAGAUAUGAAAGAAAAACUGAAUUUUGUGAAUAGUCACAAUGUAUUAUAGAUAUUACUAGUUAGGGAAUUAUUGACCAUUUUCAGAGGUAUUACAACUGUCUGCUAUACACACAAGAACAUGAUGAAGACUCAUGUGUUUUUCAUACUAAAAAUAAAUAUUGUAUUUGUGAUAUAAUUUUUUAUUUGACUCCUUGAAAUAUUUCCUUAUAGAUUUUUUUCUUUUCUUAAUUUAAUUUUCUUAAGGUUUAUCCACAAUUAAAUUAAAUAUUUAAUUUUUUGAAAUAUUUCAGUCUCAUUGUGUUAUCUGAUUGGCUUAAGCUUAAAAGCUUUCAAAGCUCUUGUCAAUCAAAAAACGCAAUGCAACUGAAAUAUUCAAUAUUGUUAAAUAUUUAACUACAUGAGGAUGAUAUUUUAAUUCGCGAAAAUAGUAGAGAUUAAAAAUUUAUGGGAAAAGCAUUUUGAUUUUUAGGUAGAAAUAUAAAAUUAAGAGGAAAAUGUUCAGAAUAAACUAUAAGAAUAUAUUUUUAUGAAUGUUAGAAUCUAAUAAAAACUAUCAAGAGGCAUUGUUUUAAUUUUUUAACUGGUGCUGCACAGGGAACUAAAAAGAAAAAAAUAUUUUGUAAAAUUGUUCGUAAAUGUUUGUGAAUUUCCACUGGAGCUUUAACCCUUCAACGACGAGACAGUUUUUGCGGACCAAAAAUCAGCAAUAAAAAUGAAACUAAUAAACAAAAUCAGUAAAAGGUCUUAAAUCUAGCCUUAGAAAAUCUAACAGAGUCUGAUUCGGUGUACUUUUUACCCCUAUGAGCGAUAGGGACACAAAUAGCCUAAAAAUUUAAGUAAUUUUUUUUAACAAUACCAAUGAAUGAUAAUUUUCACUCUAUUGAAAAAUAUUAUGUUUGAAUAUUGUAGUUUGUUUUUCCAAAACGGUUUUGGUUAAAAAAAAAUUGGAAGUUAAAAAAAAUAAUUAAAAUUUGUUAUCAUUAUAAAAAUUUAAAAAAUCGUCGUUUUUUAGCUUAAAAAUUUACUGUACUGCUGGAGACUUGCAAAAAAUAUCCUAGAUUCCUUCAAUCUUCUACUUUGCAAUUACGUACAAACCUAGGAAAAAAUAACUUUAGGUAGUCAGGAAAAAUUAUUUUCUUUAUGGGACACCGGUGUUCCAAUCGUCCUUAAAGGGUUAAGCUUACGCAAUCUUCAGACUAGAGGCUUAGCCCAGUUCUUGAAGAUCUCAAAAUCUUAAAUGUCGAGUUUUAUUGGUUUUUGUGAGCCUAAUAGGUCAUUCAUCUUUAAUAAUCCAAUCUCAAGUUAAAUUUUUCUAAAAUAUAGUGAUUGAUAAAAAAUUAGUGCAGUUAAGCCAUAUGGCUAAGCCUUAGGUCUAAGCCUAUAUUAGACUAGAGGUUUAGCCCAGUUCUAGAAGGUGACAAAAUCCCAAAUAUCAGUCAAUAUUAUUGAUUUUUCAGAAUUUAACAAAUUAUUUGCCCUUAAUAAUCGAAGUCUGAUUGAAACUUUUUUUAAAAAAGAUUUUAAAGGUAAGAUAUUAGAACAGGUAAGCCAUAUGGCUAAGCUUUAGGUCUGAAGCUUGUGUUGCGAAAUGCUCGUAAAUCGUAUAGUCCACUAAAAAGUUCUGAAAAAUUUGUACUUUUUUCACAAACACUGGCCUCAAUUCUGAGACCAAGAUAAAGAUAAAGAUCAAGAAAAUUUCAAGAUUUUGGUAUUCUGAAAUCAAAAAAUCAAGUUUAAAAUGUCAAAUGUUCGUAUAAUUUUUGUAGAAAAAACGAAAAAAACUCGUCAAGUGAUAAUUCGAACAAAGUUUGUAAAAAAAAAUACCAACUUUACAAACUUUUUAGAAAAUUAAAUGAUUUACCAACAUUUAGUAAGUUCGCAUUGGGAAUUCAAAAAAUAUUUACAAACGAUUUUAAGAAAUAUUACUUUCUGUUUAACUGGAAUAAAAAUAAAUAUUUUGCCAUAGAACAUACUCUACCACUGAAAAUUCUCAAUUGAAAAUUUUUAUUUUGCAAUUAAAAAAUAUUUUAGAUAAGAAAUAAGAUGAAAUUCUUAUAAAAUUGGAAUAAUAAAAAUUCUUUUAAAAAAUCUAUUCGUUUGAUAUUUGCAUCCAAAAAUACUCCUUUUAGGCUUUUGGUCACAUUCCCAGGACGAAAUAUGUAAAUGGCAGGAAAAAAGUUAUUUAUGAUACAAAUUUUAAAGCAUGAAAGAUAAAUAUUGUCAUUAUUAAGUACAAAAAAAAAAAAAGAAAUAAGGCAUUCAAAAUCCAAAAUUCGCUGUAAAAUAUUAACUUGAGUUAAGUAAUUCAUUUUAUAAAUAUUUUAUUAUAAUUUUUCAAUUUUUUUUAAUAAUCUUUUCUUGAAUUAUUAAUUCUUUCUCCAAUGCUCAAAAAAUUGUAACCGACUUACAUAUAAAUAUUUACAUUAAUGGCAUAAUCACAUUGACAAUAAAAUGUUCGCCGUAGCCUCACCGUAUUUCGUUUAUUUACCCAUUUUCAUUGAAAUUCUUACGCAAAUUUUCCAUUACCAUAUUACCUUAUCUCAUACUCGGUGGCACUAGGUGAAAAUAAUAUAAGAAAAUUGAAGAAAUAAAACGAAAAUUCGAUAAACGGUGAGCAAAAAACUGUAAGAGAAAUUAAUCGUAGUUUUUUUUCUCACCGUUUAUCGCAUUUUGUUUUAUUUUUUCAAUUUUCUUAUACUAUUUUCACCUAGUGCCAUCGAGUGCGAGAAAAGGUAAUACGGUAAUCAAGAAUUUGUAUAAGAAUUGCAAUGAAAAUACGUAAAUUAACGAUAUACUGUGAGAAUUUUACUGUCAAUAUGAUUCUGCCCUAAUGCAAUAAAAACAGCUAAAAUGUUGAUUUUAAAAGUUUCGUGCGCAGCCCAUUAGGGCAAGAUGGGGUAAUUCGGAAUCUUGUCUAUUUUGGAAUUUUGAGAUUUUCUCACUGUUUCGGAUGGUCAAAGAGAAAAGGAGCCAGGAAGAAGUGUCUUUACAUUCGUGGUUUUCCCAUUUUUCAUCUAAAACUGUUAGGAAAUCUCAAAGUUCCGAAUUAGACAUGAUUCCAAAUUACUCCAUUUUACCCUACUCAUAACUUUUAAAUAUAUUCCGUUAAAGUGAUUCAUCUGCAAUUAUUUUAAUUCACUUUUUUUAAAAUGAAAAAUCCACCUAAUGCCUCUUGGUUAAGAACUAUUAAAAGUGAAACGAAUUUAAUGUUAUUUAAGAGAUAUUUAUUGUAAAUUUUAAUUAUGAAGUUUAAAGAAGAAAAACAGGAAGAUAUUUGUGUAUAAAUUGCGCUUUAAUUUAUUGUUUAUAAAGAACUGUAAUAAACUAUGAAGAGUGCUUAUGAAAAGUUGUUUCUAAAAAAUGAAAAAUGGCUAUAGAAAAUUUAAAAAGAAAACAAUGCAGCCAACAAAUGAGUCUAAUUGUGAAAAUGUGAAAAAAAAGUUAAAUGGAAAAAGAGCAUCUUUGGAAUAAAAGUUGUCUUGGUUUUGUAUGUUUUUUCUAAA